AUGGCUGUUUCUGAAGCAGAAACAAGUUUCAAUCGCGAAGACAGUGACACUUAUGAUGCUAAAGAUCCUCUACAACUACGGAAUAAUAUAAAACAAUUGAUUCUCAAAUAUCAAGAAGGUGAAAUAGAUAUUGAACGAUGUGUUAGUGAAACUAUUGAGUUGUGUUCAAGAGCGAAGAGAAAUUCAUCAUCAGCCUCCACGAGCAUGAAUUCCACUCAACGUCGACGAAGUAGUAUCUUUGAUUUACCACCACCACAAACUGGACGCCGAAAAAGCAGUACGUACGAUGCCAAUGGAAAUGUUCGCAAUGAAGAGACGGUUUUAUAUCAAAAUAAGGAUAUUGAUUAG